AUGCUCCCCAGUGAUGGGAUCACGGGCGGCUAUCAGGGCCAGUCCCUGACCAUGAAGAUCACCAUCGCAACCUUGGCCGGGAUCACUUGGUAUAAUGCUUUCGAACUGAUCAUUCUCAUCUUUGUCAACUUCGCUCCCUACCAAGGUCUCUAUUUCUGGAGUCUCCUCAUCUCCUCCUCGGUCGGGCUGAUUCCCUACUCGCUCGGCUUCCUUCUCAAGUUCUUCCAACUGACAACGGUGACAUGGUUACCCGUCACUCUGUUGACCGUCGGCUGGUCGGCCGUGGUCAUCGGGCAGUCUCUGGUGCUCUACUCCCGCCUGCAUCUCAUCCUGGAGAACCAGCGCGUGCUGCAGCGCGUCCUCUUGAUGAUCCUGGUCAAUGCGGUGUUGUUGUUGGUUCCGACCACCGUCUUGGCAUACGGGGCCAACCUCACCCCACCCAGCGUGUCUUUGGUCAACUACAAGUCCGCAUACGACGUGAUGGAUAAGAUUCAACUCACGGGCUUCUCCAUUCAAGAGUUCAUCAUCUCCGGACUCUACAUUCGGGAGACGGUGCGCUUGGUCCGGACCGAUGUCGACCAGGCCAAGCGCAAGAUCCUGUACCAGCUGCUGCUGGUCAACCUGAUGAUUAUCAUCAUGAACUUGGGUCUCCUCGUCGUCGAGUUCCACAAUUAUUAUAUCAUGGAGACCAUGUUAAAGGGCACCUUCUACAGUAUCAAGCUGAAGCUCGAAUUCGCCGUCCUGGGCAAGUUGGUCGAAGUCGUCCACAAUCCCGUCUGGAAGCCCGAGUCGUUUUCCAGCCCACGAGCACUGCCUGAUUUCGUGGAUGCCACCCGUGUGACCUCGGAUCUCACCCGCGCCGCUCCGGUUGAUUCGCGCCCCAUGCGAGCGUGGCUGGAAGAUGACAUUUCUAUCGCCAUGUUUGAGCACAUGCCUCCGUCCGAGGCGCAGAUGAUGGCCUCGUCCAAGGCCCAGGUGUGGCACAGCGAGACGCAGUUCAAUGGCGCUUCUCGUGCGAUCGACUUUUCCAACCCCUUUCACCCUCAACAUCAUCAACACCUUCCCCCUCAGAAACACGCCCAAGUGAGCGAGAAGAUGGACAAGCCGGGGUGA